AUGAGGCAAAUUGCAUCCGAGGCGCGCAAGGGCACAGGCACAGAGCACACUUCUCGUGUAUACUCGAAAGCGGCCGAGGUGGCGGAACCGGAUUUCCAGUUACGUCAUUCUGUGCUCCAAGUUCCUUCAUCGCUCGCAGUCCUCUUCCGAUCCCAAUCACUGUACAGCCAGCACAAAGCACAGCGCUCCAUCCCUCGCAGCCGCAGCAUCUGGACACCUUCCACGCUCACGCCCAAGCCUAGCCUAAUCGUGCGAGAGCCAGAUCCGGGCGCGACGAGGGAAGUGCCUACACCUUUGGUCUUCGUUAGUGUCCGAGAGUGGGAGGGGAGUGGGGAUGGGUUUGACCAGAUGUCUGCCCUCUAUUCCCUACGAGGGUAUAGGAGUAUAACGAUCGACAUUCCUCUCUCUUCCCCCUCCCCUCACCCCCCGCUUGCCCCUCCUCGCAGAGCAACACCCACCGCAACACAGAAGCCCCUCUCCCCCUUCACCGGGCUUACACAAGCCCUCCGAGCCUCUCUCAGGCUUACGGCACUUGCUUGGCCCCCGGUACUCCUCGCCCGUGGGAUGGGAUGCCUACUUGCCCAAGCGUACGUGUCCGACUUUCCUGUCAAAGCGCUCGUACUCCUCCAGCCACCUACGAGCGUGCGUUCAGUAGCUGAUCGCAUGAGAGAUCUCGGUGUUAAACCUGGCUCUCCGGAGCAAAGCAGAGAGGUACAAGAAGCGGAGUGGGAGUUCACCUAUGAACCAAGGUUUCCCAUCCUGGUAGUCGAUACGCCCCCAGCUGCCGAAAAACAGAGAAAGGAGAAUAGGAUCGUACGUGACUGGGGUGUAGAACUGCUAGAGCUUGAGGGGCUGGACGGGGGGGAUGGGGAUGGGGUGGGGAAGGUCGUGACCGAGGUAGAGAGGUGGAUGGAUGGGGUUGGGAUUUAG